UGUGCUCACAAGUUGUUACUCUUCUGAGGUCAUUCGCUCAUCUCUCCGUUGCGCGUCAACUUCAGCGUCAAUCACGAUCUGCCCAUCUUAUCAAUUUGCCACGCCAUAAUCACGGAGAGGACCAAGCGACGACCUGUCCCUUGAUCAGCCGCGCCGGUCCAGGUUCACCGACGGCCACCACCAAGUGACGCCAAACUCUCACCUGCGCUUCGCCGCCUGCCCGUGCCCAUCUGACCACCGGCAGCUAGACUAGCAACCCGGGGCACGUACACUCUAUCGCCAUCUUACCAACCAGCACGCGCGCCCGCGAGCACUUUCGCCGUUCACCUGCGCGAAGAAAAGUAAAAGGAGGAAACGGAGAAGAUCCAAAAUAAUGAUGCCAAACCUCAAAGAGAGCUACUCGCCAUACGCCCCGCGCCGCCGCCGAUCCCCUCGCGUGGUCCUCACCUGGGUCGGAGUUUGGCUCACCGUGCUGACGCUUACUUGGUGGUUCACGUCGCGGCGGUCUGCCGCCAUCUCGGCGGCGAACAGGGAGUUUGCGGACGCCGUGAUCAAGGGCAAGGAGAUCCCCCCCGAGGCUGGCGCCUGAUGUCUCUCUUUUUUCUUCUUCUUUUUUGUCGUGGUCUAUGGCUGUUUCUUAUUGUAACUUUCUUCCUUUUACCUCUCUUCCGAAUCGAGUUCGUUCGGUUAAAAUGGCGCCGUGCUGGUCUGAACACUGUCUUCAACCUAUUUUCUUUUUUUCUUGUUUCGUUCGGCUUGUCUU